GCGCCCCGCCCAGCCCAGGAGCGUGGGAACCCUGCUUAAGGGCUUUACUAGGGACAAUGGUGGUUGUUCACUGGGGCGAGUUUCUGGGAAGGUGAGUACCGGUGAAAGUUACGCUGAGGGUGAGUAAACUCAAAAACUGGCACUUGAUUCAGCUAUUGGAAAGUUUUUAAAAUAUGGUUGGAACAACUGAGAAUUCAGAAUUCCAAGAAUCAGGACAACUUGCAGUCAAGACUUUCCAUCAGGUCUCAAAGAUGAAUAUGAAUUUAGAUUCCAUUCAUCGAUUAAUUGAAGAAACACAGAUCUUCCAGAUGCAGCAAUCAUCAAUUAAGUCACGUGGUGACAUGGUAACACCUGCCUCACCCCCCAGGGAUACCUGCUUCCCACUUCAUGGGCUACAAUCUCAUGCUGCUCACAAUUUCUGUGCACACUCAUGUAACACCAACAAAUGGGAUAUUUGUGAAGAACUUCGCCUGCGGGAGCUUGAAGAAGUCAAGGCCAGAGCUGCUCAGAUGGAAAAGACCAUGCGGUGGUGGUCAGAUUGCACUGCCAACUGGAGAGAAAAAUGGAGUAAAGUUCGAGCUGAAAGGAACAGUGCCAGGGAGGAAGGAAGACAACUCAGAAUAAAACUAGAGAUGGCGAUGAAAGAAUUGAGUACACUGAAAAAGAAACAGAGUUUGCCACCUCAGAAGGAGGCAUUAGAAGCUAAAGACACCCAGGAUCUGAAGCUUCCCGGUUUCACAGAAGAAGCCUGUGAACAUAGAGACCAAUUUCAAGUGAGUUCACAAAUGUAUGAGUCCAUCAGAGAGUGUUUGGUAAAAAGAAAAUUUUCUACAAAGGAGGACACAAAUAAUAAGGAAGAAGGUGUGGUUAUUGAUUCUCUAAAAUUAAGUGAGGAAAUGAAACCCAAUCUAGAUGGUGUUGACUUAUUCAACAAUGGUGGUUCUGGAAAUGGUGAAAUGAAAGCUGGGCUGAGACUGAAAGCAAUAAAUCUGCCUUUAGAAAAUGAAGUAACUGAAAUUUCAGCUUUGCAGGUGCAUUUGGAUGAAUUCCAAAAAAUCUUAUGGAAGGAAAGAGAAAUGCGCACAGCUUUGGAAAAAGAAAUAGAGAGGCUGGAGUCGGCUUUGUCUCUAUGGAAGUGGAAGUAUGAAGAACUGAAAGAAUCCAAGCCAGAACAUGUGAAAGAGUUUGACAUUUGUCUUGGUCAACAUAAUGAUGAAAUGGAAGAACUGUCAGGCAAUGUAAAGGAAGAAUCCAAAUCUCAAAACAGCAAAGACAGAGUGAUUUGUGAGUUAAGAGCAGAGCUAGAGAGAUUGCAAGCUGAAAACACCUCGGAGUGGGACAAGAGGGAAAUACUUGAAACAGAAAAGCAGGGACUGGAGAGAGAAAAUAGAAGGUUGAAGAUCCAGGUGAAAGAAAUGGAAGAGCUCUUGGAUAAGAAAAUUAGAUUAAGUGCAAACUCUCCAAGUCCUGAUUUCAAGACGUCACAAAUUGACCUGCAAGAGAAAAACCAGGAAUUAUUGAACCUUCAACAUGCCUACUAUAAACUAAGCAGACAAUACCAGGCAAAUAUUGCAGAACUGACUCAUGCAGACAACCGAGUGGAUCAAAAUGAGGCAGAAGUAAAGAAACUAAGAUUACACGUGGAAGAACUAAAGCAGGGACUCAACCAGAAAGAAGAUGAGCUUGAUGAUUCCCUGAAUCAGAUCCGUGAGCUCCAGAGGUCUCUGAAUGAAGAGAGAGAAAGAAAUGAAAACUUAGAGGCUGAACUCAGGCACUUGCAAAACUGGUAAUUUUUUCACAAAAUAUGCUGAAUUAAAGAUUAGGGCCUUAAAUAAAGACAUUUCCAUAUCCUUUUCUUAAAUAUCAGUAAAAUUAUUUUUAUUAACUAGACAUAUUAAUGAAAAAAUCUUAGACAAUACACAAAUUAAUGGGCUUCUUGACUUCUUCUAAUUUUUGCUUAAUAGAUACUGCAUGUUCUCAAAAAGACAAUGUAAAUGUCAUUUAAAAACAACUUUAAUUCUAAGAUGUGUAAAUAUUUUGAAAGUCAAAAGGAGCUUUCAGAAUACUUCUUACAUAAAAUCUGAAAGAGUUAUAAUAUUGGCAAGAAAAAGUAGGUUGAAAACCAUACAAGUUGCUGGUCAUUAACAAGAGAAUCAUUGACUUUAAGUAAAAGUACUGGUUUGUUUAAGUAAUUGGUAAACUUUUAAGUAGGUGUUUUCUGUCUAUGUGGUGGGGAUGGCAGAUUGUAUUAACAAAAAAGAAUCAUUCUAGAGACAUAACAAUACAUUUCUUAUAUAAUUUUAUAAAUCAUUUCUAAUUCUUUGUGUAAAACAGAAGUGAGCAGAUGAAACAGAAAAAGUGUUUUGUAUUUUAAACUAACAGAUAACUUGUGAUUGAAGCUAAGACAGGUUAUAAGCAUCGCUGAGAAACUAAAAGGACUUUUGACUUUUAUCUGGAUAGACAUUUCUACAGUAAAAUCACGGAAGGACAUCAGCAUUGCAAAGUAGUAUCUAGGUAGAAAUCAGGCCACAGUUAAGCUGUGGUUUCACUUUGAGUAGUGGGAGUAAAGAAAAUUAGGAAAUUGUGGUUAUGUGAAUAUUUCUUUAAAACUUUUAUAUACAUUAUAGCUUAUUGCUUCAUAUUUAUGUUUAGUUUUUAAGGUGAAAUGUUAUUUUGAACAAAAAGACACAAUUUUCCAUACCUAUUUUCAACUGAAGGCAACUUGUAAGAUUUAGCUCAGUCAAUAACAUGCUGGUUUUACUCAUCUCCCUCUCCAUUGAUUAGUCCAAGAAAAAUGAAAUCUUACUAAUUCAUUACUGAAUAAAGACCACUUUUAUCAGAGUC